CUGCCCCCCCGUGUGUGCAGGUGUCAGGAGGAGUGUCCGGUGGGGACCUUUGGGGCGGGCUGCGCGCAGGCCUGCCGCUGUGGGGACCACAGCCAGUGCUGCCCGGCCAGCGGGGCGUGUGUGUGCGAGGCCGGCUUCAGCGGGGAGGCCUGCGACGUCCCACUGUGCCCUGAAGGCCUCUACGGCCUGCGCUGCGACAGGAAGUGCCCCUGCCACGCCCCCAACACCCGCAGCUGCCACCCGAUGUCGGGGGAGUGCACGUGCCGGCCCGGCUGGUCCGGCCUCUACUGCAACGAGACCUGCCCCCCGGGGUUUUUCGGGGAGGCCUGUAAGGAGGUCUGCCGGUGCCAGAACGGGGCCGACUGCCACAGUGUGAGCGGGGCCUGCCUCUGUGCCCCCGGAUUCCAGGGCCCCAGCUGCUCGGCCCCGUGUCCAGCAGGGACCUACGGGACCAACUGCUCCUCCAGCUGUGGCUGCCAGAACCGAGCCCGCUGCUCCCCAGUGGACGGGUCCUGCUCCUGUACGCCGGGUUUGGACCUGGAUUUAGACCUGGAUCCAAACCCAGUUCCAGACCCGUGGUCCAGACCUGAUGUUCGGACCCGGGGUCGAGACCCGUUCCAGACCCUGGGACUGGUUUCUCGCCUGCCCCUCUGA